CGAAAGCCUGCCAUUGGCUCGAUUGCGCAGCUCCGCAAGCUCGUCCCGGGCACCUCCAUGAUCAAGGCCCGCGAGGCACUGACGGCCACCUGGCCCUCUGACGCCGCGUCCGAGGACGUGCAAGCCGCCGUGGCGUGGCUCGAGUCCGAUCGACGGGCCAGCGGUGCCAAAAAGGCGGAGAAGGUGGCCGACCGACAGGCAAAGGAGGGUGCCAUGGGCGUGUGCGUCCUCAGCGAUGGCGCGCCAAACUACUCGGGCGAGGCCAAGGCGCCCGCCCAGUUUACGCCAUUGGCCCAGGCGGGCCUCGUGGAACUCAACUGCGAGACAGAUUUUGUGGCGAGAAACGAGCUCUUUGGCCAGCUCCUGGCCGAUCUCGCACACACGGCCGCCCUCUUCCCCUCGCUCGCCAACGUUCCAAACAGUGAGGCAGCAGCAGCAGCACCGCGGCUCCUUGACAUUCCCGUCGAGGAGUUCCUGGAAUUCCCUCUCCUUGCCUCAUCGCCCCACUCGUCCUCGCCUUCCACCUCCAGCCCCUCGGCCGAUGCCGCUGCCGCUCCAAAGACGGUACGGUCGGCCAUCGUCGACAUUAUUGCUCGCGUAGGAGAGCGGAUCCACCUGGCCCGCGCGUCGACGCUCGUCAGCGCGCCGCCGCCGUCUCCGCUUGCGCCGCGGCGUUCGUCGCCCGACUCGCCGAGCCCCGCGUGGUUCGUCGCGAGCGCAUUCACUCAUGGCGCCGCGGCUUCAACAUCUUCUUCGUCGACGGCGGCGUCCUUCGGCGAGCUGCGGCCGGGCUACACGCUGUCCUCGGGCAAGGUCGCCAGCCUGCUCAUCACGCGCUUCGACCGGUCCGACGAGACGAAGCGGACCGACGAGGCGAGCCUGCGCUCGAUGCGCGGCCUCGCCAGGUCCUUGGCGAGGCAGUCCGCAGGCAUGCCCACCCGAUCCGUGCGGGGAGACGAGGAGACGGCGCUGUAUGCGCAGCCGUUUUUGAUGAGGCUCAAUGCCGCCAAACUCGAGGGCGAGGAAGACGAGGCGGCCGCCGCCGGGGGGUCAGACGAGCCGCCCAGCGUCGAGGCCAGCUUGGAAAAGUGGGCAAGCGUCUGGGCUAGAGGUCAGGCAGCACGUUCAGGGGAUCCUGCUGUCCAGGUCCUCGACCUUCGACGGUGGGGGGUGGGAGAG